AUGACUUCAACUUCCGAACCUACCGUGUCAUCACAGCCGGCACUGGCGCCAGCGCUAGAACUAGAUGCAUCUACUAUGCCCUCCCCCAGCAUGGUCACGAAUAGCGCGCUGGAACAAACCCCAAAGCGGGGUCGUCAAGACGAAGAUGACGAAGAAGAUACUCCACCGCCCAAGAAACCUGCUACUAAGCCAAAAGCACAGCCGAAGCCGAAAGCCGUUCCCGUCACUAAAAAGACGACAGCUAGAAAAGCCGCUUGUACUCCUUUGACACCUAGCAACCGGCCAACACGCAACCGCAAGGCACCGGAACGUUUUGAAGCCUUUGAGGAGAAUUCUAAACCUAAGGCGCUCCCCUCCAAGAAAGGCUCCAGCAAGGUUUUUGAUCCAGUCUUCAUCACGACCAACUCGACUAGCCGACUAAGUAAAGCAGACGUAUAUCAUAUGCUUCUCGAAGGUCCGGCCUGGACCAGCCUUAGUGCCGAACAGCAAAGUACUCUCAUCUCAAUGCUCCCACGUGAUCCGACCAACCAGGCCAUUCUUGAAAGGCUCAGAACAGGUGAAAUGGAAGGCACCCGACCACAUGCAUUCUCGAUAUCGAACGACUGCUUCCGCACCGACGUCGCCAAGUUUAAGGAGGAUCUCAAGAACGGACAUCUAGCCAAGACGUGGCAGGCGACUGCCGAACAAGCAGUCGUUGAGCGUGCAGCGGGGGAGUUUGAUGAAUGGAAGGCGGAAGAGGCCGAGCUUUGGUGGGGUCAGAAGAGCAAGUGA